CUAUAACCAAACAGGGUCUUACUUCUCCCAAUUUCACUACGAUAAAUAGGACCCUCUCGGAGUGACAGUGCACUUCUCACUCAUCGUCGUUCUCCUCUUCUUCGAUAUAUUCAAACCAAACCAUUUUCUCUUUCUCCACAACCAAACCUUGAGAAAAUGAGGUCAUCCAUGCUAAGAUCCGUACGUUUGGCCCUAACCUCAACCUCAUCGGUUGCUAAAGGCCAAGUCCUCCGCCGUGGUUUCUCCUCAGAAUCGGUCCCGGAGCGUAAAGUCGUCGUUCUCGGUGCUGCCGGAGGUAUCGGUCAGCCUCUCUCCCUUCUCAUGAAGCUUAACCCUCUCGUCUCAAGCCUCUCCCUCUACGAUAUCGCCGCCACUCCCGGUGUCGCCGCCGAUGUCAGCCACAUCAACGCCAGAUCUGAGGUUAAGGGAUACGUUGGUGAGGAGAAUCUCGGUGAAGCUUUGAAAGGAGCCGAUGUUGUGAUCAUCCCCGCCGGAGUGCCGCGAAAGCCCGGCAUGACUCGUGAUGAUCUCUUUAACAUCAACGCCGGCAUUGUGAAGUCACUUUGCGCUGCAAUCGCCAAGUACUGCCCGCAUGCCGUUGUCAACAUGAUUAGUAACCCCGUCAACUCGACCGUGCCAAUUGCGGCCGAGGUUUUCAAGAAAGCCGGGACAUAUGAUGAGAAGAAGUUGUUUGGUGUCACUACUCUUGAUGUGGUUCGUGCUAGGACUUUCUAUGCUGGGAAAGCUAAUGUCCCAGUUGCUGGGGUUAACGUACCUGUUGUUGGUGGUCAUGCCGGUAUAACCAUUCUCCCACUGUUCUCUCAGGCCACUCCACAACCUAAUUUGCCACACGAAGAACUUGUGGCUCUUACAAAGAGAACACAGGAUGGAGGAACAGAAGUUGUCGAGGCCAAGGCUGGAAAGGGUUCUGCAACAUUGUCAAUGGCCUAUGCCGGAGCACUUUUUGCCGAUGCGUGUUUGAAGGGUCUUAAUGGGGUUCCAGAUGUUGUGGAAUGCUCGUUCGUGCAAUCGAGUGUCACUGAGCUUCCGUUCUUUGCUUCCAAGGUUCGUCUAGGAAAGAAUGGUGUCGAGGAGGUUUUGGGGCUGGGUGCUCUCUCAGACUUUGAGAAAGAAGGAUUGGAAAGCUUGAAGCCGGAGCUCAAAUUGUCGAUCGAGAAGGGUAUCAAGUUUGCCAACCAGAGUUAGACUGAGAGACGAUUGCAUUGGUAAUGUCUUGUUGGGUAAAACUAAGACCUUCAAUUUUUGCAGUUUUAAGCUUUAUUAUUAUUGUUGUAUAAUUGCUGUUGAUCAGCACCGGCUUUUUGCUGUUUGAUUAGAGUAGGUUUCUACAUGCAUAUAAACUGCAAAUUUCGUUAAUAAUUCCCCAUAGUGGUAUGUUUUGGGAGAGGACAACAUUUUAAGAUGGGUUUGUUCCAUUCAUCCAAAUGCCAAAGGAAGGGAUUUCCUUUA